GCGUCCCUGCUCCCUCCCUCCCCAUCGAACCCGCCCCGCCCCGACCCAUCCCAUCCCCGAUCGCGUCUGUCUCACUCUUCUCCCUCGCACACAAUUUUGCUGAGUUCGUGAGCUCAUUCGUCGCUCCUUCACACGACGAAGAAGGAGAAGAAACCUAAUCUAUCGCCUCCCCUCCCCUCACCUCCUGUCCUUCCCCACUACUCCGCUUUGUCCUCCUAUCUCCGCUUCUCUGCUUUUUCUAUCUCUAUUUGUGUCUGGUCUGUAGUCCGUGCACUUCUCUUCCCCCUCCUCCUCCCCCUCUCUCUUUCUCUUCUCUCUUUCUCUCUCCCUCUCUCUCUCAUCACUUCCUUUCCUCCUCUCUCCGCUCUUCCAUUCUUCCGGUGCCGGCUGGCUGGUAGGCAUUUUUUUCUUCCACCUUUUCAGUCCCACCAUCCCUUCCCGGCCAGGCCAAGGAGCGAACGAACUUCAUUCAUAGGCAGACAGACUUUCUAUCUCUCUUCCGCUUCUUCUCGUUUGUUCGCCCAGUCAGAAAAUACGGUUUGUCGUUCGUUCUUCCUGUGUUGAUCACUUGUCGGAGGUCUUUUUCUUCUUCUUCCUCCUCUCUGCACUGCUCCUUUUCUUCUGGACGGGUUGUUACUCGUCUGUCGAGUUCUCUCUCUCUCUCGAUCGCUCAUCUCCUGUCAAUCGAUCUUUCUUCUUCAAUCUUGCAUGAUUCCUUCCAUCCUCUCUCUUUGCCUGCCAGGUCUCUCUUUCUUUGAACUAAUAUUUCGAACGAUUUCCUGCGUUCCAUCCAUUUUUUCUCUUCUCUUCGUCGCACGCACAAGACAAUUUCCCGUUCCCAUCUGAAUACUUGAGAUUACCAAGUUUCUGUUCUCAUCAAUCCAAGUUCGGCGCCUGCUCUGAUUGCAGGGCUCCGCCUCCUCUCGUUCCUUUUCUUCCCAACCCGCCAUUCUUGUGCCGGCAGUAACAGUUACACAUUAGGACAUUCAUAACUGAACAGCAGUUUAUUAGUGCCCAAUUUGGAGCCUUUCGCCUCCAGCUUUUUCCUUCACUGGCAGUGAGGAAAUUGUGUACUACCAAGUUCGCAUCGUUUCCUGUUUGAGUAGGUAAGGUAGGAACUUGUAAGAUGACAGAACCAUCGAAGGUACUACACGUACGCAACGUUGGCCCCGAAAUCACUGAGCACGACCUUUUACAACUUGCUCAAUCUUUUGGAGUCGUUCAAAAAGUUGUGAUGCUUCGCGCGAAGAACCAGGCCUUACUUCAGAUGCAAGACAUACCCUCAGCUAUCAGUGUCAUGCAAUAUUAUUCUACUGUACAGCCCAGUGUCAGGGGAAGAAAUGUGUACAUGCAGUUUUCUUCACACCAAGAGUUGACGACUAUGGAUCAACCCGGUCAGCUAAGGCGACCUACUGCAGAUCAGGAACUGCAGCCCAACCGAAUUCUCUUAAUUACCAUUCACAAUCCGCUCUAUCCUAUCACCGUGGAUGUGCUGCACCAAGUGUUUUCCCCCCAUGGCUAUGUCGAGAAGAUCGUCACCUUCCAGAAGUCAGCUGGAUUACAAGCACUUCUGCAGUUUUCACUGCAACAAAGUGCCAUUCAAGCAAGAAACACUCUCCAGGGCCGUAAUAUAUACGACGGCUGUUGCACUUUAGACAUCCAAUUCUCCAACCUCCAAGAGCUACAGGUUAACUACAACAACGAGCGGACAAGGGAUUACACCAAUACUGGUUUACCGUCUGAGCAACAAUCUCGACCAGUUGGAAAUGCUCCAAAUAACAAUAUCAUGGGGUUUUCCUUGCUGCAGUCCUCUCUCUUUGGAGAAGGCGGUAAUGUUUACGGCAUGCAGCCUCAAGGCCCUCCUAGACCUGGUCUUUUUGAUAUGACAGGACCGCCCAGGCAAGUUAACUUCCAACAAUCAGUGGGUCCUCCUCAACCGAUGAAUAUGAACAUGAACAAUAUGAACAACAUGAAUUCAUAUCAGCAUGUUCCCAUGGUUGGUGCCUCUGCAGCCGCCGCCGUUUUUGGUGGCGUACUGCCACCGGGGAUUACUGGUACUAACGAGAGGAGUACUCUUCUCGUCUCCAACCUAAAUCCAGAGAAAGUGGAUGCGGACAAGCUUUUCAACUUGUUUUCGAAUUAUGGAAACAUUAUGCGGAUCAAGCUCUUGCACAACAAGCCAGACCAUGCUCUGAUUCAGAUGGGAGAUGGUUUUCAAGCAGAGCUAGCUGUUAAUUAUUUAAGGGGUGUAACGCUUUUUGGGAAGCGCAUGGAGGUUAAUUUCUCGAAACACUCGCAGAUUAAUCCAUCACCUGAUACACAUGAUUAUUCUGGUUCUAACCUCAACCGGUUUAAUCGCAAUGCUGCUAAAAACUACCGUUAUUGUUGCGCACCAACGAAGAUGAUCCAUGUAUCCAGCCUCCCCUCAGACGUUACUGUGGAUGAUAUUACUUCACAUCUUGCUGCUCAUGGAAACAUCAUCAACGCGAAAGUGUUUGAGUCCAAUGGAAAGAAGCAGGCUCUUGUACUUUUCGAUGCGGAAGAGCAGUCUACAGAGGCCCUCGUCUGCAAGCACGCGAGUCUCUUCAAUGGGUCGACCAUACGUCUUGCUUUCUCAAAGCUUGCCACAGUGUAAUAAAAAGCCUUUUUUAGGUUAAAAGUUGAACACAGUUUUGGUAGUCAACACGCCUUCUUACAAGCAAAUAUCAUAUCAGGAAAACCUGUGAGUUUGGGAGUAAGUUCACAGCACGAGAUCGAUGUAAGGUGGUUCCGUGAUUUCUCGCUGGUCUUACAUGGCUUCAAAAUAACUUCUGUAAUGCAUUCUCUUGCUAGUACUUGAUGCUAGACGGAAUUUUGUGCAUGGCCACUUGCAAGAUUGGAGAGCAAUGAGCCCUUAGCAGCCGAAUCUCUGGUGAGUUGUAUUCUGUUAAUUGGAAGUUCGUUAUGAGGAAAUCUGUAUGGGCCUUUAUGUUAGAGGAAC